AACUCUUACCCCCCAUCGCCCAGUCCAGCCUCUCCCCCGCCGCCGCCAUGGCCACCACCGCGCGCCCGCUCGUCUCCGUCAAGGCCCUGGACGGGGACAUGCCCACCGACGCGGCCGGCGUCCCGAUGCCGCACGUCAUGAAGGCACCGAUCCGCCCCGACGUCAUCACCUUCGUCCACAGGCUCGUCUCCUGCAACAGCCGCCAGCCCUACGCCGUCUCCCGCAAGGCCGGUCACCAGACCUCGGCCGAGUCCUGGGGCACGGGUCGCGCCGUCUCGCGUAUCCCGCGUGUCGGCGGCGGCGGCACCCACCGCUCCGGCCAGGGAGCCUUCGGCAACAUGUGCCGUGGCGGGCGCAUGUUCGCGCCCACCCGGAUCUGGCGCAAGUGGCACCGCCGCGUCAACAUCCGCCUCCGCCGCGUCGCCGUCGCCUCCGCCCUCGCCGCCACCGCCGUCCCGGCCAUCGUCACCGCCCGGGGCCACCGCAUCGAGUCCGUCCCCGAGUUCCCGCUCGUCGUCUCCGACUCGGCCGAGGGCAUCGAGAAGACCUCCCAGGCCGUCAAGGUCCUCAAGCAGCUGGGCGCCUACGCUGACGCCGACAAGGCCAAGGACUCCGUGGGCAUCCGCCCCGGCAAGGGUAAGAUGCGCAACCGCCGGUACAUCAACCGCAAGGGCCCCCUCAUCGUCUACGCCACCGAGGGCUCCAAGAUCGUCAAGGCCUUCCGCAACCUCCCUGGUGUGGAUGUUGCCAACGUCGAGCGCCUCAACCUGCUCGACCUUGCCCCUGGUGGCCACCUUGGCCGGUUUGUGAUCUGGACCGAGUCUGCCUUCAAGAAGCUGGACGAGGUGUACGGCUCCUUUGAGGCGUCUUCCUCCAAGAAGAAGGGCUUUGUCCUCCCCAGGCCCAAGAUGACCAAUGCUGACCUUGGUCGCCUCAUCAACUCUGAUGAGGUCCAGUCUGUGGUCAAGCCCAUCAACAAGGAGGUGAAGCGCAGGGAGGCCAGGAAGAACCCUCUCAAGAAUGCUGCUGCCGUGCUCAAGCUCAACCCCUACUUCGGGACUGCCCGCAGGAUGGCAGUUCUUGCUGAGGCAGCCCGUGUCAAGGCCAGGAAGGACAAGAUCAACUCCAAGAGGACCAAGCUCAGCGUGGAGGAGGCAUCUAAGAUCAAGGCUGCUGGGAAGGCUUGGUACCAGACCAUGAUCUCUGACAGCGACUACACGGAGUUCGACGUCUUCUCCAAGUGGCUCGGCGUCAGCCAGUGAUCAUCUCGUUGAAUUAGCACAUCUUCAAGUUUGACUGCCAUUGCUGCUGUAGCCUGUAGGGGUGGCGCGAGGUGUUCGACCUCGUCAUCGAACGUGAGCCUGCAGACGUUUCUAGGGGAACAACCUCAUUGCUGAACCAAGUCUCCUAUUUUGUGAGUUGCAUUCAGACUGUUCAAAUUCAAUUGGGAAACACGACAACACGGGAAAAAUAAUACUCCCUCCGUCCUAAAAUUCUUGUCUUAGAAUUGUCUAGAUACGGAUGUACCUAAUACUAAAACGUGACUUGAUACAUCCGUAUUUAGACAAAUCUAAGACAAGAAUUUUGAGACGGAGGGAGUAGCAGGAAAGGAAUAUAUGCGAAAAGUUGAUCAUACACCCAUAAAUCUUCGGGUAGUGAAUAGUGCAAUUUCUUGACCAACAAUAUUGAACAAUUAUCCAACAGAAAUAACACCAAAUAUAUUAGUAAUAAAAAAUACCAAUUGUUUUUUCUUUGUGAUUUGUGAGUUGGUGUCGUCGUUACUAAUUGUACCGGUUUGGUUCACUACAGACUUCAUAACAUUAUUAUCACUUGUAUCAUGAUUUUUAAAUUUUGCCUCUCCACUCCAUUUGUACUGACAGUUUCUUCACAGAUACAUCUUGCUGUUCCGAGUUAUAAGCAAGUAUCUUUCCCUAUUACGACAACGCUUCUUGU